CAUUCAUAUUUCGUCAAUUCUAAUUAAUGGCGGAUUUUCGAUUUAUAUUCAUUUCCAUUUCCACUAAUUUAGGCUAUAGUCUUUAAAUUGACUGCUAUAACUGACUGUAAAUUCAGCCUGCACGUUUCUCAUAAAUUAAUAGGGAUUCUAUUUCAAAAUGUCUCGAUCAGUACGCGCUGAGACUAGAAAUCGUGUAAAAGAUGAUAUCAAAAGAGUCAUGCAGGCUGUUGAAAAAGUUCGCCAUUGGGAAAAAAAAUGGGUAACAAUCGGUGAAACAACUAUGAAAAUCUAUAAAUGGGUUCCAAUAUCUACAAAUGAACAGAAGAAGAAGCACGCAGCGAAACGAGAGAAUAAGGAGAACACAUUGACGCCUAAAAAAAUGCACGACUCAUCUAAUUCAAAUUUUGGAAUGGCAGAAGACUCUAACACAUGUUUUUCUACAGUGAGUGAUUCCCAAGGACCCACAGAAUUCACAUCAACUCAUAUGAACUUCUCUGAAGAUUCAAACUCGCAAAGCAGUGGCACCACAACACCCGCUAAGCGAUUAAAAGCUGACUGAGGCAAGCUUAGGAAGAGGGAUAUUUAAGUCCCACGAAUUAAAGACUAAUGCAAUCUGACUAUUGAAUUUAACUAGUGAAGUGCUGUGAAUUAGCUUGAAUUUAUAAUUAGUAUGCUUAAUAGUGUAUAGCCAAUUUAAUUUUUGAGUUGUACAGUGAUAUCAUUAUAUGAGUUAGUUUUAUGUUAAAGUCAUUGAUGUAUAAUAACUAAAGUUUGAAUCAAACAAUUAUAACUUGAAUAGUUCUAAUUGAUCAAUUCAUUGGCGGGCGGAAUUGCAUACAACUUUGUACUUGUGCCAAAUCUGUCAUUUUAAAUCCUAAUAAUUAUAAAUGUAUAUAAGUGUAUACCUCUAACAUUUUAUUGAUAUUUUCUUAGUGAUUAUAUAUCUAUGACUACAAUACAUUUCUAAUAGUGAUUUUGUUGAAAUGAAUUGGGAUAAAACCACAAUAAUAAUUCUAUGCAAGUAUUGAUGUAAAUAUACUCAAUAUGGUAUGUAACAUGUGAAACAGGAUAAUGGUAGAGUAAUUAAUAUGCAAAAUAUUCACCCUAAAAAAUUCUAAUUUGGCAAAAAGAUUUUAUAUGACUGAAGACAAUCUCAUGUUUGGAUUCAUAUAGUGAGUGGCAGUACAAAUAAUAUAGAAAUGUAACAUUAACACAUUCGUUACAAUCAAAAAUUUUUUGUGCCUUUGGAAGCAUAUUUUAACAAAGUACAUAAGUCCAUGCAGGGUGUAAUUUGAAAUAAUUUAAUACUAAAAAUGGUUCAGUAAUAAGUUUAAUAAACAUUGAGACAUAAAUUAUGUAACAUGAUCCCACUGUUGUCAAGGCAAUAGCACUAAAAUUUAAUCAAUUAUAGUGCUAUGACCUUAUGUAGUAAAGAACUAUCAGUUAUUUUAUCAAAUAUUGAAUUUAUUUCUUUAUGGUAUUGUAUUAUAAGCCAAUUUAUACUUCAAUGACAAUUUAAAAUAAAUUUUAAUUGGGGGACCUUAAUAGACAAUUACAAAUGGCUAAAGUGCCUAUACUGUCCUAAUUCUGCAUAUCAGGACAGAAGCUGUGCUGCAGGCGACUUGAUGUUUACACGCAUGAACUCAGUUUAAACAUGGGAUAAUUAUUAGCAAUUAACAAUUGCACACAAGUUGAUUUCUGUCCUAUAGAUUGAUUUUGAGUUUUGGGAUCGGAUUGUGUGGAACGUAAUCAUGGUGUUAAUUAAAAAUAAUUUACUCUGUAAUAUGAAUUAACAAAUCACCAUGUUUUAAGUAAUAAUGUACUGUAUAAAAUAUGUAAUGUCAGUCAAUCAAUUUUUUUAAGAUUCCACACUGUUUCCACACACACACACACACAAGAAACACUCGCCUAUUUACUUAUAUGUAUAAAUUUCAAUCUGAAUUAGUGAAUUUCUAAUUCCUUUAUGCCAUAUGUGAAUAUCGGAGCAUUUACUAUGUAGGAGGCACCAUUAGCAAAUGUUUACUCUGCCAUCUAUUGACUAUAAUAAUUUUAUGCAAUGCAACAUUUCACAUAUUUUAUUUUCCAAUGGAAUUUAAUUUUGUAAAUAUAUUGAAAUUUUAAUGUGACUUAAAUAGUAUAGUAUUAAUUGUAAGGAUUAAUGUAAUAAUUAUACACAAUUUAGCAUUUACAGAGUGAAAGUUGGCCUUUUCACUCUUUGCCUAGUGUCUGAUUAAUUAAACAUAUUUCCACAGAUAUAUGACAUUGAUCUUGCAAGAAAAAAAAAUUUAUUCACAAUAUUAAACAAUGUAUAAUAUGUAAUUUAUAUGUUUUUAUUUGUAUGACUUUAUUCAAACGGAAACUUCAAGAGCAUUUUGGUGGUUGUCAUUUAUAUCGCCAUCGUAUUUAAUUAUUAUUUAGAGGAUAAAUUCCUGUUGUUUGUUUGAAAGCCAAUCGUAACAUCGCUUGAAGCGUUUACCAACGGGUAAUUUUAACCGUUUGAAUGCCGACGAGCGCCAUUGCGCUCGUGCGCAUUGUUAAUAAAAGUGCCACGAGCGCCAUAGCACUCGUGAAAUCAGUUGUCGUAGCUCGGCCUAGAAAAAUUAUUAAAAUUGGGUUAUUUUUCAAUGAGAUACAGUCUUUUUUUACAGACAAGGGUAAAUGACAUCACGACAAAGAUUUAUUUGGCAUUUUUUAGUAGAUAAAAAAAAAAGUAAAAAUCAGUGGCACUAACACGGUUGAAACACAUUCUUUCGCAAUGUAUUUGCAGAUAAUCUACUUUAAUAAGUGCCUAUAAGCUCAAUUCUUUGGGUGAAAAAUGCUACAUCGAUAGGUUGUGCCAGGUUGAUGAAGUUUAUUUAUUAAAAAAAAAGUUUUUUCUCAAUCGAAAUUAAGAACAGUAAUUGUUCUCAAUCUAAAUAAAAUCAGAUAGUAUCGCCUUUUUUCAGAUACUUGAAGUGUAUUGCCGAUCUAUUUAAAAAUUAAGCGUGAUUUUUUAACAGCGUCCAUAUUAUUUAUACUUUAUUGUACACAAAAAUAACAUUGUUAUAAUUAAUAAAAUUGUACAACAGGCUUAACUCUGUUAACAAACCCUGAGUGGGAAGAAGCAAUAAUUACCAGCGGGCAGUGUGAGUACAAUAACAAGUGGAAACUGUAUGGUUGUUUCUAUUAAUAAAUAAUAAAUAUGCUUAACUAAAUAAUAAUAUUAUAAAAUAAUAUUACCAAUUAGUUGAUUAGAAUUAUUCAUUACCAUUCAAUAUAAUUUUAAUCAACGAAGCAGUAAAAAAUACGAACAAUUGAAUGUAUAUUUUAGUUUAUUAAUUUUAUUGUGUAUAAUUAAUAUAAAUAUAAGAGAACAGAGAUAUAAUAAAUUCUAUAAAUCA